CGCAUGACACAAGCAACUGUUGGCUGACGGUGAAGUAGAGAAGUGCCACUAACCAAAUUUAGCCUAGUUUGCCAGUUUAUUUACUCUCCAGGGUCAGCCUCUAGCCGAAAAUGCUCUCUAAUCGGGCGCGAAAGCUGCUGAAAUACUCUCUGAUUGGGGGGGCUUUGGCCAGCACAGCCCUGAGCUUGAAAGGCAACCAAUACGAAUGGGACUCCAUUGGAAUUGUGCGUCUAAGCAGGGCAGCGAUAACUGUCUCAAAAAUCGGUGUGAUUUACAAAAAGGACCUGUAUGGCAAAGGCCUGGAUAAGAAGUCUUUAGAGUACAAAGAGUUAAAGUCGGAAUGCCACCAGAGGUCGGCUGAGAAGCUUCUGGAGCUGUGCUGUGCGAACAGGGGAGUGUAUAUUAAAGUGGGCCAGCACAUAGCGGCUCUGGAUUAUUUGCUGCCUAAGGAAUAUGUGCAGACGAUGAGGAUUCUGCACAGUCAAGCCCCCAGUACUGAUGUCAAAGACAUUUACCGAGUGAUCAGGGAAGACUUGAAGAAAGACCCCUUGGAAAUAUUCGAGUCCAUAGAGCCUGAACCUUUAGGAACAGCUUCUCUAGCUCAAGUGCACAAGGCAACGCUCAAAGAUGGCACGGUUUUAGCAGUGAAAGUCCAACAUCCUUACGUGCAAGGCAAUUCACGCAUCGACAUGAAAACCAUGGAAUAUUUGGUGAAACUGAUGAGCUGGGUAUUCCCGGAGUUUAAGUUCCAGUGGCUCGUGGACGAGUCCAAAAAGAACAUCCCGCAGGAGCUGAAUUUUGCGCAAGAGGGCCAAAACGCCGAGAAAAUCGCCAAAAUGUUCGAGAACAUUGAAUGGCUCAAAGUGCCGAAAGUUCGAUGGGACCUCACCACUCCUCGCGUGCUCACAAUGGAGUUUCUGGAAGGCGGGCAAGUGAAUGAUCUGAAAUACAUCGAAGCGCACAAAAUCGACCCAUAUGAAAUAUCCAGCAAAUUGGGCGCAUUAUAUUCGCAAAUGAUUUUCAUACACGGAUUUGUGCACAGCGAUCCACAUCCAGGCAACAUUUUGGUGAGAAGGAAUCCGAAAGGUCAAUGCGACAUUGUGUUGCUGGAUCAUGGAUUGUAUGCGACUUUAAAAGACGAAUUUCGGAUAAACUAUGCCAACUUGUGGAUGAGUAUUCUGGAUCGGGACCGCAAGGGAAUGCGGCAAUACAGCAAAAAUCUAGGAAUAGAAGGAGAUGUGUAUGGACUGUUCGCCUGUAUGGUGACCGGAAGGACUUGGGAUACUAUCAUGAAAGGAAUCGACAGGGAAAAUUUCUCGAAAGGAGAGAAGGACUUUGUACAACAGCACUUUACCGGGCUGCUGCCCCAGAUUUCAUCGGUUUUAGAGAACGUGAAUCGGCAAAUGCUGCUCAUUUUGAAAACCAACGACCUCAUGCGCGGUAUUGAGCACACUUUGCGGACAGGGGCUAGAAAGGGCGCGUUUAAAGUUAUGUCGCAGUGCUGCGUUCAUUCGAUUUACGACCAAAGAUACAAAAAGUGCCACACUCGAGUUGAAAAACUGAAAGUGUCGCUUGGGGAAAUGUGGGCGCUGUUUAAAAUUCGCCUCUACUACGCGUUUUUGAACUUGCGGCAUUUAACAGGAAUUUAAGUGGAGAUUGAUUUUUUUUAAGUAUUAACAAAACACCAAAUGUAUGGAAUCAUAAUUAUAUUUUGUA